GGUCUCUGUGUGUCUGGGACUCUGUGUCUGCGUGUCUGGGUCUCUGCGUGUCUGGGUCUCUAUAUGUUUGUGUGUGUGUGUCUGUCUAUCUGCGGUGGUGCAGUGGUUCGCGCUGCACUGCCCUACGAACCUGGCAAACAGAUUUCCAUUGCCGCUCACGACCAAUAAUAGCGACAGCAAAUAUCUGAACUAUUCCUCGACAGACUUCCUCUUAGAUCGACUCAGCCUUAAGGUGGCGUCAGUGGCGAUGGCGAUGCGGAUGAAGUUGUCGAGCGUGGUGGCGGGUUGCCGCGUGGGCGAGCUCUUCUGGGGAGAGAAGUGCUUGGAGCUCCCCGCGUGCCUCCUGUACACACGCGGCGGCACGGCGCCCAACCUGACGCACGACAACCUGGAGCUGGUGGAGCCGGCACCGAUCGUGGCCCAGGUCCCCCUCGCCUCACUGGCGGAGCAGCAGGAGGUGCUGGAGGAAUACGGGGAGGGGUUCGCAAAGUUCAUCGGUCUGCCGGACAUGCUGCUGCUGUGCACGCAGUACGACCCGGCAACCCCCACUCCACAGGGGUUCACCACCAGCAAGACCGUGUCCGUCUGGGGCAGCGGGGGCCGCAUGGAGCUCUCCCCAUCGCGCUACGUGGAGCUGCAGCGAGCGGUGCGGCCCGCGUGCUACCAGGCCCCGGCAGCUGAUGACGAAGGCCCCACGGCGUCGAGUAAGCGUGAGCGGCGCGGCGUGGAUCGAACGCUCGCCUUCCUGGACGCGUGCCUGCUCGCUCACCACACUCACCCGGAGCUGAGCAGCGUGGGCGUGCUGGGCACGGUGCAGGGCGGUGCGCUGCUGGCUGAGCGCGUGCGUUCGGCGCGCUUCACCGCCGCCCGCGCCGUCGAUGGCUUCCUGGUGUCGGGACUCAGCCAGCGGCAGUGCGGGGAAGGUCGGCCCGGCACCGCCACGCGGAGCCGCAUCCUGCGUGCCGUCAUCGCCGAACUGCCGCCAGACAAGCCGCGCAUGGUGUGUGGCGUGGGACGUCCGGACCGAGUGCUCCGUUGUGCCGCACUCGGCGUGGACCUCUUUGAGGGCCACUUCCCCUUCCUGGUGACGGAGCGCGGUGGCGCUCUCCACUUCUCCUACGACUGGGAGACGGGGGCAGCGCUUGGGGACGUUGCGGGCGACGAGGGCGACGACGCCGGGGGGAGCGCGAUCCCCGAGGUGACGCAGGAGGAGCAGGAGGAGGAUGAGGAGGAGGAUGAAGAGGAGGAGGACGAUGUCCGCAUCCCCACGCGAUUCGAGAUGAACCUGCGUGAAGAGAGGUUCCGUGGCGACCUGAGCCCACUGCUGCCCGGCUGCCCCUGCUACACGUGCGCCCACCACUCGCGCGCCUACCUGCACCACCUGCUGGCCACCAGGGAGCUGCUGGCCGGGGUGCUGCUCUCCAUCCACAACGUGACGCGCUACCACGGAUUCUUCGCGGCCCUCAGGGGGGCUCUGCGACGGGGGCCCCCCGCUCUCGCACGCCUCCGGGCGGCGGUCCUCGCCGCCGCCCCUCCCCCCCCUCUCUCCUCCUCCCCCGGAGCCCCCCCUCCCUUUCCCCCGUGCCCCCCGCCACCUCUCACGGUUGACUCACCGCUGCCUCCGCUCGCGACGGGGGUGGAGGGGGGGCGAUAAGGGUAGGGGGGGUAGGCGGUUGGGAGUGGGGUUAGAGGCCUGCGUGGGGUGAAAGAGCGCCGCGGUGGCUAGGGAGAUGUUGACUACCUCGUCCGGUAUGCGGGAGGUGGUUACGAGUGUCAGAGUGAGUGGAUGGGUGAGAGUGGGUGAGCGAGUGUGAGAGUGUGUACGAGUGUGAGAGUGUGUACGAGUGUGAGAGUGAGUGGAUGGGUGAGUGUGAGAGUGGGUGAGAGUGGGUGAGUGUGAGUGUGUGUACGAGUGUGAGAGUGGGUGGGUGAGUUUGAGAGUGUGUACGAGUGUGAGAGUGAGUGGAUGGGUGAGUGUGAUAGUGGGUGAGGGUGAGAGUGGGUGAGUGUGUGUACGAGUGUGAGAGUGAGUGGAUGGGUGAGUGUGAGAGUGUGUACGAGUGUGAGAGUGGGUGGGUGAGUGUGAGAGUGCAUUCUCAGGACGUGCUGAAAAUGUUCUUAAAUAGACGAACACAAUCCUCACUUCCUCCAAUACUAGCCAUGACUAUACCUUCAAAUCACCUCCAGCCAUGGUCAGAAUCCCCAAAACGUUAUCCAUUUUUUUGUCCAAUAACAAUCACCCAGUCCCAAACCUGUUAUGCACCUUCUCACCGCGUGCUCUAGCCAGCAGACAGUGGUGAUGAAUAUUCUACUUUCCAUUGGGAAAAGGCCAGUAUUUACAUCGCGAUAUUUUCAAUCACUCAUCCGCAUAAGCAGCCGUCAUCAAUCAUACAGUGAGGUCUGAAAAACUAUAACCAUUCAAGUAUCUACUUCCACUUCCGUAGUUAUUAUCCCUCCUGUCGUAACGCCCACCAAUCCCUCAUGCCAUGACGUCACAAUGUGGCAACUCACGUGAUCUAUUGUAGUCAUGCCAAAUCCUUUGGCCACGCCCCACCAGCACCUCAGGAUAUGACGUCCCCAUUUCGGUGUUACAACCGGAAAUAGUGACGUCACUGAUGAGUUAUAAAUAGCGACGACACUAUCCACUCGUAUUCUCAUUUCUCAAACUAACUAACACAUCCACCCACGCUGAACAGCUCACUUACACACUCACCAUGGCUCUAGCGAUUAAGGAAUCUUGUUUGGACAUGAACCGCUGCACGGGGCGGGCGCUGUCCCACUACAGUGGAAUAUCUCCCAGUGCAGCAGUAAGGCUGAUCAAGGCGCGACGGGAGCGUGGCGGCUUCAAUCACGUCUCAGACCUGUAUUGGGUGAGCGAAGUGCCACGCCGUGACAUGGCCAAGCUUCGCCGCCUACUCUCUGCUCGGCGCUGUUGCAACCAUGCAGUGUGCAUCCAGAAAAGGGCAGUGGCGCUGAUACGUCACACAGAGGAGGAACGCUUGGUGAAUGGUGAUCAGCUACAGCGGCAUGUGGCGAAGGUCAAACCUGAUCUGCACUGGCGCGCCCCCAGAGAUGAAAACAACCCUGUCGUCCACGUCCAACACUACAUUUCUAAAUAUCAUCUUCACCAACAGCAUAACAACCACCAUCACGACCUGCGCAUGAGCUAUGGCCGUGUCACGCUACGCCAAAAGGAUGGUAACAUAAGCAACACUUUCAGGUCUAACUACAACAGGACCACAAUCAACUGCCCUGCAGUGCAAGCUCUGACGGGGACUGGACCAUUUCAGGGCACCAGCAAACGCUGCAGCAUCAGCUUUUAAGUGCACACCUUGCGUGAAAACUACAAUACACUAUACGUACGAGACACACACUACAAGACACACCAUACAUACACGUUCUAACAUUUCCUUCAGAGUAUUGCUUAUGCAACGUAUAACUGUCAUCAGCAUGUCUGAGAAAAUUAUUGUUUUUAUCCAUUUACACUGUGUAUCUUGGUUUCUAAAAUAAAUGUUUAACAAUAUUUAUUAUACAAUAUUUAUUCAAAUAUACAAUAUUUAUUCAAAUAUUGUAUUUUUAAUUAUUGUAAAAGCAUUUUACCUUGUCUGACUAACGUAACAUCGUAUUUUAGGACACAGCGAGUGAGAGGGGGAAAUCGAGAAAAUAUUUAGAAAAAGAGAUUGAGAUUCAUAGAGGUAGACAUAGAUAUGUGAUAUACUGCCAUUGGUACAUGAGGCAUGAACAAAGUGAAUACCCGGUCAGAUAUCUUCAAUCAUCAACCACUUCAGACAAUAAUAUCAUGUUACAAUGCGGAUUUGCUUCAACUUAUCAAACUAUUAUAAUCCACACAGCCAAAGCGAAACAACUGGCAAAUAUUAACAAUACCAAAUCUUGAACGCUCAUGGGUAUGACCUCCCCGUCCUACGGUGGGACAUGCUUCACCUAAAGUUUUCAGGGACAUGGCACACUUUCCAUUGCGUAAAGCAUUCUCAGGACGUGAUGAAAAUGUUCUUAAAAAAACGAACACAUCCACCAAAGUAGCCAUGACUAUACCUUCAAAUCACCACUAGCCAUUGUAAGACUCCCACAAAACGUUAUCCAUUUUUAUUGUCCAAUAACAAUCACCCAGUCCCAAACCUGGUAUGCACCUUUUCACCGCGUACAGGAGCCAGCAGGCAGCGGUGAUGAAUAUUCUAUAUUCCAUUGGUAAAGGCCAGUCUUUACAUCGCGAUGUAUUCAACCAGCUUUGCUACCCGGCUUUGCCCGGGACUUGGAUUCUUGUCUUGGAUUAAUUUAAUAUUCCCUUAUACUUCACUAAAAAGACAGAUGCGUCACUGAAUAACACUGUAUGGGUAUUGUGCGUAAUGCAUCACGUGGUAAUACCCUGGGAGUAUUAUGAGUAAUGCGUCACGUGGUAACACUGUGGGGUAUUGUGAGUAAUGUAUCACGUGGUAACACCCUGGGAGUAUUAUGAGUAAUGCGUCACGUGGUAACACUGUGGGGGUAUUGUGAGUAAUGUAUAACGUGAUAACACCGUGGGGAUAUUGUGAGUAAUGCGUCACGUGGUAACACCGUGAGGGUAUUGUGAGUAAUGCAUGACGUGGUAAUAGCCUGGGAGUAAUAUGAGUAAUGCGUCACGUGGUAUCACCCUGGGAGUAAUAUGAGUAAUGCGUCACGUGGUAACACCGGGGGGUAUUGUGAGUAAUGCAUCACGUGGUAACACUGGGGGUAUUGUGAGUAAUUUAUCACGUGAUAACUCGGGAAGGGAAUAACGUAGCUGAAAAAUAGUCGCGUUUACUUAGAAAUUCCAGACAGCAUAAGAUGUUCAAAUUUCAUGACGCUAGAGCUCAACGUUCGAGAGUUUUCGCUGCUUCACACAAACAAACAGAUGUAUUCUCUGCUUUAUAAUUAAGAUUUACACAAACUUA